ACAAGCGUGCUUUGCGGUGCUUGUAGAGAGAGAGAGAGAGAGAGAGAGUAAAAAUACCCACCAGAAACGCUUAGAGAGAGAAAGUGGAUUUUUUGUAUUUGUAGAGAGACAAAGAUCAUAGAAAUACACGCAACAACAAGACUUGUUCAAGACUUGAACGAGACUUUUGGAGUUGUUUUUGGGUUGUUAGUGGUUAAGAAUUAGUAAUUAAUCAGAGAUUUAUAACAAAAGGGGGUUUAAUAAACUUACCCCCCUCCAUCUUCCUUCAACUCUGUUACUGUGAUUUUUGUAGUGCGUUUUAAUUUCAAGAAAGGGGAAAUAUGGCGUGGCAUUCAUAUUUGGAUGAAUAUGAAAAGCUUGUUUUUCGAAUGACUACUCCAAGGGUCAUGAUCGACAAUGCUGGUUGUUCAAAUUCCACUCGCGUUAUGGUUGAUAGUGCGAGAAAACAUGGAAUUCUUUUGGAAGCAGUUCAAGUUCUAACAGAUCUGAACCUUUCAAUCAAAAAAGCUUACAUCUCAUCGGACGGUCGGUGGUUUAUGGACGUGUUUCACGUUACUGAUUUGGAUGGAAACAAAUUAACUGACGAGAGUGUCAUCAGUUACAUUGAACAGUCAUUAGGGACAAUUCAUUAUGCAAGUACACAGUGCUUUGAUGGGUUAACAGCACUAGAAUUAACUGGGACGGAUCGAAUUGGCCUAUUAUCGGAGGUUUUUGCAGUACUCUCGGAAUUACAGUGCAAUAUAGUUGAAGCUAAAGUGUGGACCCACAAUGGUCGAAUUGCGUCCCUAAUUUAUGUUAAGGAACUGGAUUCAGGGUCUCCGAUUGAGGACUCUGAGAAGAUUGACACGAUUGAAGCCCGUUUAAGGAACGUGCUUAAGGGUGAUAAUGAUAUUCGUAGUGCAAAAACAUCGGUGUCUAUGGCUGUGACACACACAGAAAGAAGACUUCACCAGAUGAUGUUUACUGAUCGCGAUUAUGAAAGGAAGCCGAUUAUUAGGACUAACGAUAACCCUAUUGUAUCGGUAUUGAAUUGCUUGGAGAAGGGUUAUUCUGUGAUAAACAUUCACUGCAAGGAUCGACCUAAGCUUCUGUUUGACAUCGUUUGCACCAUGACGGACAUGCAAUAUGUUGUGUUCCAUGCCACACUUAAUACAGCAGGGGACAGAGCAUGCUUGGAAUUCUUCAUUAGGCAUACGGAUGGAAGCCCAAUUAGUUCGGAAGCAGAAAAACAGCGAGUGAUUCUAUGUCUACAAGCUGCAAUAGAACGACGAGCUUCUGAGGGAGUGAGGCUGGAGUUAUGCACAGGAGACAAGCAAGGACUAUUAGCUGAUGUAACGCGAACUUUUCGUGAAAAUGGUCUAAAUGUGACAAGGGCUGAGAUAUCUACAACAAGUGAAAAUACAGCUCUGAAUGUGUUCUAUGUAACAGAUGCUAUUGGAAAUCCAGCUGAUUCAAAGAUUAUUGAGGCUGUUAGGCAGAAAAUUGGAUUGAGUGACUUGAAAGUGAAGGAAUUGCCAUUAAUCUAUCAUCAAAAGGCAGAAGAAAGGGAUGAGCCCACAGGUGGUGUAGGUGGGGCAAUGUUACUCUCACUUGGUAGCAUUGUAAGGAAGAAUCUCUACAAUUUGGGGUUGAUCAAGUCAUUUUCUUGAAUUUGAGCACACAAAUUAUCAAACAGAUUUGGUCAUGUGUACAUACAUUAGCUUAAAGAUUAUUGAAACUGAAAAGGGAUUUGGUGAUGGUAGUUGUUAUGGUUGAAGCUUAGUUGGCUGAAUGGAUAGACACAUAUAUGGCGGGGGUCCCAUACCCACCAUUUUCAAGAAUUAUAAAAAUUCGAACUUUAAAUUUGUUUGGUGGAAGAGUAGAGAGAGGCAAAGGCAGGCUGGCAAGGGGUGUAGACAUAGGAAUUGGUUUUAGAACUGUACACAUUUGUACAUAGUCGUUAUUAUUAGUAUUAUUAUUAUAAUGUUUUAGUAGCUCUUAAUGUUUGACUUAGUUUGUUUAUACUUAAGAUGCCCUCUUUCUUGGUGUUGUCCAUUUGGGACAGCAACAAGAAUCUAGUCUUUGUAAAUAUUUUUAUUAAUUAGAGUAUUUGGGUUAAUUUCUGGUCCUACAAA